GUAUUUACUCUGCGGUAGAAAAGAGGAAGAAACUAUAAUCUGCACUUUUUCCAUCUUCCUCCUGAAAAGCUCGGUUUCUGUUCAUGAAGGUCGGUUUAAACUCUUACAGCUUUGGGCAGAUGUUCAACAGCGUGAGUAGGUGUUCAGGUUUGAGUAGCUACAAAAUGCUGGUAGUUUUAUUAUUUAUUAAUCCGUGUCAGUCUGUGGUCAACCUGUGAGUUUAGCUGUAGAGUGAACUCUGAGUUGUAAUUUAGAAUGUCAUUUUUUGUCCAUUUGAUUGUAGGAACAGUUCACAACAUUUAAAUUUACUAUCUUAGGUCUUUUGUUGUAUGUAUAGAUACAUAUUUAUAUAUUUGUUUGACAAAUGGUCCAUCUCCUGUGCCAUCCUUGUAGAGAAACGUCGUUGAACAUUUACCGUAAUUAAUGUAAACAUCAUUUCAGAGCGCCAGUAAUUUUGUGAGCAUUUACUCUUAGAACGAAAUCAGAUCUUUUUCAUCACACAGUCUUUUGUUACUGUGUCUCCACAGUUUUACAUUCUGAAGUUUGACUUAUUAUUUGAAAUAGCUGAAAGACAUGUCAUCAAAAUGAUAAAUUAUUCUGGCAGUCUUUUGUCUCUGAAUGGGUUUGUUACUAGUGCUCCUGUUUGUGUAUAGGGAGUGUAAGGAGUGUUCAAGUGUUAGUGAGAAAAAUGAAGUUAUGAAGAAAACACACAGAUGUUUAUUUUAAGUAGAUAAAUGUGUGCAAGGAAAUAAUCCAGAGAGAAGGAGGUAUAUAAAUACACACUAGAAUUGAAAAUGAGUUCAAGGUGAAAAAUGUAAAUACUGAUUUUAAUACACAAAAAUAAUGCAGCGGUGAAUACUUUUUAACUGCACGUUAUUAAAAAAGUCAAUAUUUGUCUCAAAAGUCAGAUUGUAAAUGGUAUGUUUAACUCACUCAUUAACUGAUUAAAUGUUUUUGUUCACGACAGUGUCUCUCCUCUACAGUGGGGAGAUCUGUAAAGCCUGCAUAUAACCCAUAGACAGUCACAGGUGAUGGACCCUGAGGUGUCUCUGCUGCUGCACACUGCAGCCUGGAGAGGACUGAGGGAGUCUCAAGUAGAGGUGGUGCUUUCUGAUAGGUAAGAAUGUGAAUCAGACCUUUGAUCACUGCAGUUACACAGCAAUAAGACUGCCAUUCAACAAAACAACAAAAUAUGAUACAUUGAAUUUGAAUGAUAAGGUCUUGUUAUCGUUUAAACUGUCAAAAGUAGUGUUAGCUAAUAUUUAUGUAUGAAAUUUUAUAAAGAAAAAAGCAAAAUGACUGUACACUUGGUUCACCAGAAAGUGGAAAGAUGUAUAACUUUUUCAGUACCAUCCAAUCACCUUCCCUUCUGAUAUUCCCCGACACAGUAAUCCAUUUCUCUCAGACUUAGUAUAAAAUAUUAAUUAACCAUAAUUUUAGUCUUAAUAUGAAUUAAAAAUAAAACUAUUAAUUUUGACCCAAACAAACUCUGUAUAUUUGUAUGUUUGGACCCUGAUCAGAAAGUAUGAAAUUCGUGACUGAUUACAAAAUUUCAAAGUUGUCUUGUAAGAUAUGUUUCUCAAGACUUGAAACUAUUCAGAGGAAAUAUUGUAUUCCUUUCAUAUAGAGCUAAUUAAAAUCUUGCACUUGGAUGAUCGUUAGCAAUUCAUAAUGAAAAUCAUGGUGAAAUUAAAGGUUGUUUUUAUUGUACUCACAGAUUUAACAGGCAGACGGAUCCAACUCUGGAGCGCCAGAUAGAGGAGGUUUGGGCAGAGAGGGUGUCCAAAGAGCCAUGGCUUUUCAAUGGGUCCAAAUUCAGACUGCACUCGUUCUGCUUAGCUUCUCCUGCCUUUGAACCAUCAUCCUCUGAGUCCCCUGAAUCCACGCUCUGCUCUGAUUCACCACACAUCCCUAAAUCAGACUGUUCAGAAGAACAAUUUCAAAACAUAAGACUGGGUAAAACAGAGAGUGAUUUCUGUGGCAGCGACCCUCUGUUUGAUUCUGACGGGGAAAACGGGCGUGUGAAUCAGGUGUCAUCUGAACAGAGUGUCACUCAGAUCACAGAUAAUCCUCAGUCUGGGUCUCUCCUCACUCUGAAGCUGGGCCUGACAUGCUACAAAGACUAUCUGGGAACAAACUGGUCCUGUCGAGAGGCAGAGCUGCGUCAGCAGGGAGAGGUGGAGUUCAGUGAUCCUCUGGCACUGCUGGCUCAGCCACUGGGUGUGGGCGGAGUCUUGUGUACAGGUGACAGUAAGGUGGUGCUGAUCAGGAGAAGCCAGAAGGUGGCGGAGGCAGGGGGGCUCCUGGACAUCCCUGGUGGUCACCCAGAGCCAAAGGUGAGGAGGAAGAAGUGAUACCAAUUUCACUGAUUUGUUGUUUCCUACUUUUUUGAACUGUUUAUUUUUCAAGAGGAAAACAUAGUCUUUCAACAUACGGUAUAUUGUAUUAAUUUAACUGCAGUUACAUGAACACUGAAAAACAACCCAGCAAAGAAAGGAAAGAAAUCAAGAUUAAAAAAUAACACGGCAAAGUGCUCGACAUCUAUUCAAAGCCAGGCUGUAAUAUAAGCCUUCUCUCUUGUAACACGAGACACCUUCACUGAAGGUGACACAUAAAUCUGAGGCAAAAAAAAUAAAAUCAAAUUAGAGUACAGUUGUAGAUUGAAUUAAAAAAGGAUUAAAAAAAUGUGUGGUACCGUGUGUCUAUAAUAUUUUAAACAAAGUCUACAGAGGUUUGAGAAAUACAAUUCCUGAUUUGGUUUGUUGUAUGGCAUACUGAAUACUGCAUCAUCACUGAUAGGUGCUUCUGAUUUGACUCUUCCUGGUCACAGUCAAAGUUGCUUCACGUCAUUCUUGCUCUCCUCAGGUGGUGUGCGAGCAUUUGGGAUGGGCGGUAAAGGAGGAACAGAUCAAUGUGGACAUGAUGCAGCCGAAGGCUGUUGUCUCAGAGCUUUACUCAUCUGUCUGCGCUGAGAUCAGAGACGAGGUGGGUUUCUCUGCCUCUGAAGUCCACUCACUCAGUCACUCCUUUUUAUAGAAGUUUGAUUGUCUGUCACAGCGGUCGUUUCAUUGUUUUAAUAUCUUCAUUGUCUGAGGCAUGCUGACUCUCCCUCUGUAUUUGUGCAGGUGAAUAUUCCUCUGAGCUCCCUUGGAGAGCCGGUCCUGAUGGGUAUCGCUCUGAAUCACAUAAGCGCCGGCAGACCAAGUGCUGAGUUCUAUGUCAGGUACUUUUUCUAAAUUACACUGAAGCUGUGAGUUCUUGUGGAGUCGUGAAUAAAAUUGUCUGGAGGCUUAAGCAGACUUAAGAAACAUGUAGCACAUUAUAAUUGAUGACUGUCAGCUUUGAAGAGCCAUAAAACACACAACAGUGAAAUCUUUGUGACUGCAGCUGCUCGUUGACAUCAGAUGAAGUCAGAGAGUUGUACUGGAAAGGAGGAGCUGAAGCCAAUGAGUCCACAGAUAUCGUCUUUCUGAGCAGAGAAGUAACGUUCUAGUCUUUAAAGACAGGAUUCGAGAUUAAUACUUCAUCAACAUCACUUCUCAAAUAUUUGACAAAGAUGUCUUUUGUUUGUCCUUUAAAUUUGCAGGAUGUGUUGCAGCUGGACAGAUGCAGCCCUCUGUGGUCAGAGCUGUGUCCUUCAGCUAAAGGAGCUGUGCUGCUGUAUCAGACGGUCAAGCCUGACGGAGAGCGAAGCACGAGCAGAUGACACGGCAUGUUGGGAAAUAAACCCAUAUGAUGUACAAAUGUACAAACUCAUCAACAGAGAGCUCAGGAAUUUAGAACUUUGUCAAUUUUUUACUUUCUCACCAAUACUGCUACUGAAACUGUGCAAAAGACUUUUUUAAAAACAAUUUAUAAACUGUACAAGAGAAACAAACAAAUUUGUACAUUUUGAAAAAUAAAUUUGUACAUUUUGAAAAAUAAAAUCCCAAAAGUUUCCUGUUUUUUUUGUUUUCAAUCUUUGCAUAAAAUUUAAAACUAAAGAAUUUUAAAAACUGAUUAUCUUUGCAAAACUGUAGGUAUCUCUCAUUUAAGUUAAGUAGUAUCAUUAAAAUGAUUUCUUAAUGUCAAAAUAUGCCCAUUGCUUCCUUCUCGCUCCAGGUUUCUUCACCAGUAACUUUUGUACCCACUGUCGCAAAA